CUUAUUUUAUAAAACGACUCUUCAAUCAAGUAUAAUAUUUUGAUGCUCGUUGGCAUCUAAACCCUUUGCGUUCCCACUAUGCCAGCAGCGACCGUAGAUCAUAGCCAAAGAAUUUGUGAAGUUUGGGCUUGCAACCUGGAUGACGAGAUGAAGAAAAUUCGUCAAGUUAUAUGGAAGUAUAAUUAUGUUGCCAUGGACACUGAGUUUCCAGGUGUGGUUGCAAGACCCAUUGGAGAAUUCAGAAGUAAUGCUGGCUAUCAGUACCAACUUUUGAGAUGUAAUGUAGACUUGCUAAAGAUAAUUCAGCUUGGAUUGACAUUUAUGAAUGAGCAAGGGGAAUACCCUCCAGGAACCUCUACAUGGCAAUUCAACUUCAAGUUUCAUUUAACGGAGGACAUGUAUGCCCAGGACUCCAUUGAGCUUCUGACAACGUCAGGGAUCCAGUUUAAAAAGCAUGAGGAAGAAGGAAUUGAGACACAGUAUUUCGCAGAACUUCUCAUGACAUCUGGUGUUGUGUUGUGUGAGGGGGUCAAGUGGCUUUCAUUUCACAGUGGCUAUGACUUUGGCUAUUUGAUCAAAAUCCUGACCAACUCUAACCUACCUGAAGAAGAGCUGGACUUCUUUGAGAUCCUGCCAUUGUUCUUCCCAGUCAUCUAUGAUGUCAAGUACCUCAUGAAGAGCUGCGAGAACCUCAAGGGUGGACUGCAGGAAGUGGCUGAGCAACUUGAGUUGGAGCGGAUAGGCCCACAGCACCAGGCAGGAUCCGAUUCCUUACUGACAGGAAUGGCCUUUUUCAAAAUGAGAGAAAUGUUCUUUGAAGAUCAUAUCGACGAUGCCAAGUAUUGUGGACACCUGUACGGCCUUGGUUCGGGCUCCUCCUAUGUGCAGAAUGGUACGGGGAAUGCUUAUGAAGAGGAGGCCAGCAAGCAGUCAUGACAUGAAAUGGAUGGACAAGAGGCCUUGGUGUUUGGAGCUACACAUGUGCUUGUAUAUAGGUUUUAUCUCCAGUUAAAUCCCUUGGACAGUAGACAAUAAGGCUUUUUCUUUUUUUACCCUGCCUUCUCAAACCGUUUUCUCUUUUGUCUUUCAGUACUAAUUAUGACCAUUCCUUCCACAGAUCCUGAUAAGUAGAAGAGUCUUCAGGUUAAAUUUGGCUGUGUAAUUAAUCCAUCUGUUAGCAAGCAUGUGUGGCCAAGGGGAACAUCCGUAUCAUACUCAAUCUUUUGGUAAACAUAUCUAGUUGGUCUUAGUUUGUACCCCACACCUCUUCCCCCAUUCCCAGAUUACCAAGCACUGACUGUAAUUUAUUGCCCUGUUUCAUGUCUGUCCCUUCCAGUAUGCAAGAGUUUUAGCUAUUUGAGAUUGUGGACCAUCAAUUUUGCACUUUAGAGAGUGACUCGGAUCCACCGUUUUAGCAGAAGUUUGGGUUUUCCUUGCUGUUAGCCUGAAAGUUGAUCAUUUGCCAGUUUUACACAGCACUCUCUUGUUUUGGACCCACGGAACAGAGUCAAUUUACUGUGCUGCAAAAUGUUGACUCGGCAAAGUUCUCCCACAAGGGAAGAGGGGCUCCUGAAGAGUCAAGCCCGGCUCGCUGUCUGUCCCUGGGGCUUCAUGAACCCUGCUCACCGGGUCUGCUGGGUUUCGGAUCGGUCUCUGAAUGGGCUUUGGGACUGAAGAAGUGCUUUGUGGCGGCUUUCCACCUGUGUGCCAGAGCUGCCAGCACCCCUGUGGCGCGGCUGCGCCUCUGCCUUGGUCCCCUUCCUCGCUGGCUCCCUCCCAGCCCCCCAGCUGUCCCUCACCCCUCCCCUGUGAUAGAGUCAUAUUUACCGAGCCCUUGUUUUGGCGACUCCACAAGUCAGUAAGUCCAAAGAGAGCAAGUCACCUUAGGUAUGUCUUAUACCAAAUUAAAU